ACGGCACACGAACGAACACCAGACGGAAAGCGAAAAACAAAAAAUAACAACGUUAAAAGCUCCCAGAGUCGGAAAAAGCGUGAAAAAGUGCGCAAAGUAAAGGAGAGACGACAGUUUGGACGGCCAAGGAAAUAAAUAAAGAUGCAGCGCGGCAAAUAGAGGGGAUUCCCACCAGCAACAAUACCAGCCGCCUGCCGCCUGACAGUGUUGCCGUGUCCAGGGUUGUCGCCGUGCCGUUACCGACACCGUUACCGUAACCGUUUCCAGACUGUUACCUUACCGUUGGCCAAACACCGUUAGCCAUGCCGUCGCCAUUUUGCCGCACUCGGUUCGCAUUUACCGUCGUCGUUUUCGCUGUCGAAUCUGUUACCGUUAAUGUUGCCGUUGCCGUCGCCAAAAUGGCGUUCGCCUAAAAUCGCUUUCGUGUGCCGUAGAAAAUGCAAAUAAAAUAAUUUGUAAUGUUGAAAUAAGAAAAUUAAAAAAAAAAUAAAUAAAAAAAAACAAAUAUUCAAGACAGUUAACAAAUACUGCUGUUGAGUGUUAAAGUGAUGGAAUAAAUGCAAAAAGGUCGCAAGCACCCCAACAAUAGAUGGUCUAGUGUCCUCCGGUAUCGCAAGCAAAUUCAAAUUGUUCAAGUCCCUGGCUACUUCAACUGAUAGAGCGGCCGAGCACUGAGCACUGAGCACGAUCCCAACCGAGCCGCAAGACUGGAAUCUAGAAUCUACAGUAGGAACCGAAACCCAAAGAGACCGCCGCGAUAAGGGGAAAACAGUCAACGGGCCACAGUUGGGCACGAACCAAUGCCAGUUAUCGAGCAGACAGCGAUCCCGCCUAGCGGAGUUUCGUUUAAACGCUAAACGGGAAGCGAGUGCUUCCCGAGUAAACGAGUGAACUAAUAGAAGGAUUGGUUUUUAAACACCCUACAGGGCUAAAAAAUAUAACCGUGUGCCAAUUGGAAUAAGCUAACUGAAACAUAUAACCCAUACGACGCGUGUUCUAAUCGCCGGCCCCUCAGCAAUGAUGCAAACCCUGAAACCACCGCCACCGCUACAUCAUCACCACCAGCACCAGCACCAGCUUCAGCAUCCGCCUCAGCAGCAGCCGCACCAGCAUCAGCAGCUGCAACAUCCAUUGCAGCAGCAGCAGCAACAGCACCUGUCAGCCAUGGAUAAUCAUCAGCAGCAUCAGCCGCAUAUCCAUCAGCAGCAACAAUUGCCACCCACGCCGCAGGCAUCUCACUUGGUCGGUGGGCAGCAACAGCAGCAGCAGCAGCAGCACCAUCCGCACCACAAUCACCUGGCUGUCGACCAGGAUGACCCAAAUCCCGAACUGGUGCUCGCCUUAAUUUCCAGGAACCGGGCGCUCGAGGCUACCAUCCCGAAAUGCGGCGGCUGCCACGAGCUGAUCCUGGACCGCUUCAUCCUCAAAGUGCUGGAGAGGACCUGGCACGCCAAGUGCCUGCAGUGCAGCGAGUGCCAUGGCCAGCUGAACGACAAGUGCUUCGCGAGAAAUGGCCAGCUCUUCUGCAAGGAGGACUUCUUCAAGUCGAACAGACGUUACGGUACAAAGUGUUCCGCUUGUGAUAUGGGCAUUCCGCCCACGCAGGUGGUGCGUCGGGCGCAGGACAAUGUCUACCAUCUGCAGUGCUUCCUGUGCGCCAUGUGCUCCCGCACCCUGAACACCGGCGACGAGUUCUACCUGAUGGAGGAUCGCAAGUUGAUCUGCAAGCGGGACUACGAGGAGGCCAAGGCCAAGGGCCUCUAUCUGGACGGCUCCUUGGACGGCGAUCAGCCGAAUAAGCGACCCCGCACCACGAUCACCGCCAAACAGCUGGAGACCCUGAAAACCGCCUACAAUAACAGUCCCAAGCCCGCCCGCCAUGUACGUGAGCAGCUUUCGCAGGACACGGGCCUGGACAUGCGGGUGGUGCAGGUGUGGUUCCAGAACAGGCGGGCCAAGGAGAAACGACUGAAAAAGGACGCGGGCCGCACGCGCUGGAGCCAGUACUUCCGUUCGAUGAAGGGCAACUGCUCGCCGCGCACCGACAAAUUCCUCGACAAGGAUGAGCUGAAGGUCGACUACGACAGCUUCAGCCACCACGAUCUGAGCAACGACAGCUACAGCACCGUCAAUUUGGGCCUGGACGAGGGCGCCUCGCCGCACAGCAUCCGCGGAUCCUACAUGCACGGCAGCUCGAGUCCGUCGCAGUAUCCGCCGAGCAGUCGCUCGCCGCCGCCAGUUGGCCAGGGCCACACUUUCGGCUCCUAUCCGGAUAACAUUGUGUACACCAACAUAGAUCAAGCGGUGGGCUCUAAUUUGCAUGCCAGCAAGGCGCACCACCGCCUACACAACAGCAACAACGUCUCCGAUCUGAGCAACGAUUCCAGUCCCGACCAGGGAUACCCCGACUUUCCGCCCAGUCCCGACUCCUGGUUGGGCGAUUCGGGCAGCACCAACACGACCAGCGUCAACAACAAUGCGAACAACAACAGCAGCGGCAGCCACAACAACAACAAGAACAGCAGCGGCGGCGGUGCGAGUAGCGGAGUGAGUGUCAGUACCGCCCCCAAUCCGUCGGCGCCCGGCGUACAUUACUGAUACUCGAAUCUGCUCUUGCGCUAUUUUGAGAUGCAGUCGCGCAGUCUGCUCCUGGCCGCUGCCCAGCAGCAGCAGCAGCAUCAACACUCGUCGCAGCUAUAGCAGCGUCAUCACACUGAACUCUCGCAGCAGCAACAGAAACGGAAACGGAAACAGCAACAUCAUUAGAGGCAGCAACAUGUGACUUGGCGAGCUGCAACACCGACUGCAGCAACAUGUGACUUGGCGAGCUGCAACACCUACUGCAGCAAUAUGAACGAAAAUGCUUGAGAAUUGCGUGAGAAAGGUGGCAACGCUGCGCGCGGUUCGCACACACACCCACACCCACAUCCACACCCUAUUGUUUAUGCACUUAAUUUUGAGGAAGCCUACACCGAAACAAAAAUCCAAAACACAAUUUGCUCAAAACACUUGAUUUCACUUCAGUUUGCCAAAGGUGGGCUUAGCUUGAAGAUACACCUGACACGGCUUGAAUGUUACUAGGCGUUAUGAUUAUCUGUUUUCGAACGAUUACUUCGCUCUAUCAUUUAGAUUCGUAGCCCUGAUAUUUUAUUGUAAAUAUUGUAUAUUUGUGUAUAGUGAAUGGAAACUAAAACUGAAUUUUAAAUUAAUUAAGUCUGUAUAGCGUCAAACAAAUGCGGGGCAUGGCGAGCACAACAUUGGUUAGGCCCUGCCCAGAAAACAAACAAAAACCAACAUCAACAAGUUAUUUAUUGCUUUAUAUAGGAAUACAAGAAAAUUGCAUAGGAGAAAUAUCAAUUACGAAAACGUGAUGUCGUAUUUAUAUCUAACGAAUAAAAGAAUUACAAAAACCAAAAAUAUUUCAACCAAAUAGAAAUGUCAGUAAAAACAGCAACUACGUAAAUGAUAAAACGAAUGCGAUGAAAUAAAUUACUAUUUGACACAUAAGAAUAAAAGACAACAAAAAUUGUUAA